AUGCUUGUUGCCCGUCCAGAUUGCCCUGCCAUCAGCCUUAAAGAUAUAGAACCCUUUGCAGCAUCUUCACAUGUCAUUCCAUUCCUAGCGAUGUCUAGCAAGCGAACGUGUCUGGUCUGUGCAGGACCGACGGUCCUACUCUUGACCCUGAUUGUGGGUUCAACCGCAGCGGAAAAGUAUUUACUGUAUCAUGUACGGCCGAAUGACGCAAGAGGAAUGCGAGAGUUGCGAAAAUUGCAAAUGGAGGAUCAUAAGUAUCAGGUAGAUUUCUGGAAAGAGCCGAAUCACAUAACCGACUUCGCCGACAUUAUGAUCUCAUCGAAAAAUGCGCUCGCUAUGGAACGUCUAUUUGGACGAGCCAAUAUCACUUUUGAAAUUCGUGUACCAGACGUGGAAAAGUUAAUUAUUCGAAACGAACGAACUACCAAAAAACGGAAAACAUAUGGACGUGAUGGACGUUUACAUGACGAUCCAAUUCUGGACAGUGAGCGUAAGUACCUUAAAGGGAUAGCUUGA